AUGUUGGAGCGAGAGCACCGUCGGGUGAGACAGAGGCCGAACGUGUACCCUUACAAUGCAAGGGAGGAAGGAAUCCCCAAGAACCGGACCACGUGCCCUUUGUUUUAUCAGCAGGAGAAGGCAUUGAUAAAGGACCAGGAGUACAUCCCUGGGGCCCCCUCUCUGACAGGUGAACAUGUACCAAAAAACAAAUAUAACAGCGCCUCCUGGCGGUCAGAAAACCAGAUGAGGUACAAGGUCAUCGACUUUUCUCGGGUAUCUCCGGACAAGAAACCGUUCCUCCUGACAACACUCGAUGCAAGACGUCACAAUCCACAAUCGAAAAAUAUUUUCCAUAUACAUCGAAUUAACCAGAAGCCGAUAUGUUGCGUCCAAUCAUGGCCAGAUGAUCCAAAGGACAUGGAUAAAAAAGAUAAAGGAACAUCCAUAUAUAUGACGUCAUUUAAAGAAAAGGCAAAUUCAGAGUUGCCCAAGUUUAUUAACAGAAGCAUGAAAGAAAGGAGAGCGGAGGGCAUAGUGCCUUUCAAUCUUCCUGCCGAAAAUUUUGAUGUCAGGUCAGAGAUGAUGCUUCCCGUCUGUGAGACAACACGGAUUCCGUCAGCACCACACCCACACAAGUAUUUACUUCGGAGGCGGAAAGUCCCGCCACAGUUUCAGUCCUACGGGAUAUUCUAUAACAACAAAGGUGAACCUGUGAGGUCCCAGUCUGUAGACCGCCCCCUGUCGAGACCUCCGCCCAUGAACGACAACUCAGCUCACGUGAGCAUCACGAGUCUGUGUGGACAUGACUUCACGCGGAGGCGAUAUAUAGCGCCACCUUCUGGUAUCUUAAAUGUCACGAAUUUUGAUGGUGGCGCCAAGGCGAUCGGAAGUCAUCGAUUUGACGAGAAAUACUUACCUUUUAUACGGGCAAAGUCGGUCAUCUGA